UGAGGUACUUGAGGUCCAACUCCAGAAGAACAAAGGUGUGGUAGGGGACCCAGCAGAAGAAAAACGACAAGAUGAGCGCAGCCAUGAUUUUGUACGGCUUUGUUGACUUGACGGUCAAAGUGUUGAGCUUCACACCGAGCACGGAGCAGCAGACGACAAUUAUUAGGAACGGAAUCAGGAACCCGCAGAUGAACCGAGACAGGACAACCGCCUUGUGUCUGGAGUGGUCCAUAUAGCCUGUGUAGCACUGAGUGACUGAGCCGUGGACUACAGUUUGCCUGUAGAUGAGUGAGGGCAACGUUAGGAGCGCAGAGAGGAGCCACAUGAGCACAACAACUCCAACUGCUUUCUUCACUGACCGGUGGUUAUGUGACCAAAUGGGGAAUAGAAUCAUCACGCAGCGAUCAGUGCUGAUCAGAACCAGCAGAAACACACUGCUGUACAUGUUGAGAAACAGGGCGGAGGAGGUGAACUUGCACAAGAGCAGUCCGAAAGGCCAGUGCAAGGUUAUUCUGUAGAAAACCUCCAGGGGCAGAAAUACACAGAACAAAAAGUUUGAAAUGGCCAGACUGAUGUACCAAAUAGUGAUCACCGUUCUUUUCAUUUUACAUCCACAGAUCCAGAUAACGACUGAAUUUCCGAUGAGGCCAAUGACAGUUAUAAGGAUAUUGAAUACCACUAGAGCAUGUGACAACGAAGAAUGAGAGCUGCUGAUAUUCAUGACGCAUGCGCACGCCACGUCAGUGUGACCCCGCCCCCUGGCAGUGACGUAUCUCGCGGUCCGGGCUCUAGCUGCACUUCUCUUCCGAACUGCGUCACUACUGCUCCGCUCUCCAACAUGGCGACCACCGUGAUGAACAAGUGUCUCAGUCCUCUGGCUCUGCUCACCCGCAGGCUCUCUGCCCCGGAGUUCAUCACCCAGUGCUGCUACCACAAGAAGGUGGUGGAUCACUAUGAGAACCCAAGAAACGUCGGCUCGCUGGACAAAAACUCCAGGAAUGUUGGGACUGGUUUGGUGGGAGCUCCAGCCUGCGGAGAUGUAAUGAAGCUCCAGAUUGAGGUGGAUGACCAGGGGAAGAUUGUGGAUGCCAGGUUCAAAACCUUCGGCUGCGGCUCUGCCAUCGCCUCCAGCUCUCUGGCCACCGAGUGGGUGAAGGGCAAAUCUGUGGAUGAAGCUUUGACAAUAAAGAACACUGACAUUGCCAGAGAGCUCAGUCUUCCUCCGGUUAAACUUCACUGCUCCAUGCUUGCAGAGGAUGCCAUCAAGGCUGCUCUGGCUGACUAUCGCCUCAAGCAGCAGGACGACCAGCAGGAGGCAGUCAGGGCCAGCAUUUAAACCCACCUCCACUUGCUUCCUGCUGCCAGGGAGAGAAGUAGCUGUAGUUCACCUUCCUACAGUACUGAAACACGCACACACCAAAUACGUUGAUAACAAGUCCACCAUUGUCAACCCUCUGUAGCAGUGGUACACCAGGCUUAGUCUGUGGCCAGCCCUGCGCCCUCUUACCCUUUUAGCCUGUCACUUAAACGCACAAUGUGAGCACUGCUGUGAGCGGUUGGUACAAAGUUGAGCCUUAUUUUUGAGAUUGUGAAAUAUUUUAAGAUUGUCGAGCGCGAGGAGAGAGUCGUGAAAGGUGUGAUGGAGAUAUCGAUUAAAGCUAAGAGCUGAUUAUGUAUCCUGUCUGCACCCUAAGCUUUGACCUUUAAUAUAUAUGCAACCAAGCGACGUUGCUAGAAACCAUGAAAGGGUCCACUGGUUUUGAGUGUAAUAUAUGUAAGUAUCUAGAAAUGAUUCUGUGAAAAUCUGCAAUAAAAAAAAUCCUGAAUCAUC